GCGAGAAAGGCUCCGGCCUGAGUCCGGUACAGAGAGGGGAAGACACCGGGGCGGGCGGGAGGAUGGAUCCGGUGCAGGAGCUGCUCAGCCGGGAGGUGAAGGUUCUGCUGCGGGGACAGGACUGCACCGAGAGGAGGCAGACUGUCCGGAUAUGCAUUGAGCAGCGCACAGCGUCAUCGCCCGUCCAUAAGAAGGACUUGGUGGUCCGGAUGACAGACGACACCGAUCCGUUCUUUCUUUACAACCUGGUGAUCUGAGAAGAUUUCCAGAAUCUGAAGCUUCAGCAGGGCCUCCUGGUCGAUUUUUCGGCUUUCCCACAGAAGUUUAUAGAUCUGCUCUAUCAGUGCCUCAAUGAGGAAAACAAAGAGGUGCCCCGGUAA